CUGUACGUUCCGAAGUUUAUUUCCGCUACUGGAUUUGCCACUGUAACAUUCUGUACCGAAGUGAGAGUUUAAAGAUGUCUUUGAGUAGCAUUAUAGCAUCUCCUCAUUUGAACACACCAUCCCUCUCCCUUAGUGAGGGUAUUUUAAUUGGCGAUAAACAUUACUCCGAGGUAUAUCUUGCGAUUGAUAACUCAAUAGUACCAGAGGAAAGGCUUUCUUCCACACCCUCCAUGCUCGAUGGCCUCGACCUCGAGACCGAGACGGACCUUCGGAUCUUGGGUUGCGAGUUGAUUCAGUCAGCUGGGAUUCUUUUGCGUCUACCACAGGUGGCCAUGGCUACCGCACAAGUGCUGUUCCAUCGUUUCUUCUAUUCGAAAUCGUUCAUCAAGCACAGUUUCGAGAUUGUUGCAAUGUCCUGUAUAAAUUUGGCCUCGAAAAUUGAGGAGUCUCCCAGACGAGUGAGGGACGUGAUCAAUGUGUUUCAUCAUUUGAAACCAAGCCGGGAUAGGAAACGGUCAUUCACACCCUUGGUUCUUGACCAGAACUACAUCAACACCAAAAACCAAGUAAUCAAAGCAGAGCGCCGCAUUCUCAAGGAACUGGGAUUCUGUGUUCACGUCAAACAUCCACACAAGAUCAUCGUCAUGUAUCUCCAAGUCCUUGAGUGUGAGAAGAACCAGAUGCUUGUCCAGACUGCAUGGAAUUACAUGAAUGAUGCCCUUCGGACGAACGUGUUUGUCAGAUUUGAAGCAGAGACCAUUGCCUGUGCCUGCAUCUACCUCGCAGCCCGAGCUCUACAGAUCCCCCUCCCCACUAAACCACACUGGUUCCUUCUGUUUGGGGGUACUGAGGAGGACCUCAAAGAGAUCUGCAUCAGCACCUUAAAGCUCUAUUCCAGGAAGAAGCCAAACUACGAUCAGUUGGAGAAGGAGGUGGAGAAGAAGAAGCUGCUCAUGGACGAGGCCAAACAAAAGGCCAAGGGGCUGAACCCCAGUGGCACCCCUGCUCUGACAGGCGCCGGGGGGUUUUCCCCUGCCUCCAAACCUUGUUCACCCAGGGAAGUGAAAGUAGAGAAGUCUCCACCCAUCAAACCACAAAAGGAGUCCGAGGAGAGGCAGCCAAUCUCCAAAAAUCCUCCAAAUGGUCUCAAUAAGGAUGCGAAGGAAACCUUUCAAAAUGGUCAAAACCACAGCCGGUCACGGUCCAGGUCGCGUUCCCGGUCCCUUCACCGACAAAUUCCAAGCAGACGCAGUCGUUCAGGGACCUACAGCUCUCACAGCAGCCACAGUCCGUCACCUCGGCAACACAAGAGCCACCGGUCGCCGCUCCUGCCCCACCUCAAAGCCGAGCACCGAAGCAGCGAGGCCAGUCGCCACGCCAUCAAAAGGCGGCGGUCCCGGAGCCACUCGCGCUCUACUUCGCGGGACAGAGGGCGCGAGCGGGAGCGCGAUCGGGACUACCUGAAGCGCAAGCACGAGCACAGCAGCAGCGGCAGCAGGAGCCACCACAGAGAGCGGCGGGAACGCUCUCGCUCCAGGGAGCACGGCCAGCGGAGCAAACACCAGAGCCGAUCCCACUCCAGCCACGGUCACAGCCGGCACCGCCGCUGAGCCACCGCUGAGCCACCGCAGAGCUGGGCGGGCUUCGGCGGGGCGAGGCCACGCCUUUCCAUACUUGACUGCUUUUUUUUUCGCACAAACUGAAGGGAAUACAGCUGAAUUGUUGAACCUCCAAUCAGGGACGGAACGCGCACAGUGGAUAUGCUGCUCGCAUUUAUUGAUUAGAUUUACGAAUGUUUGUGCAUAUGUAGUAUAUUUUUACGGAUUCAAACAGAAAGAAUUCUUUGUACAUAUGUCUUUUCAUAAAAUAAAAAAAAAUAAAACCAA